AAGCAGUGUGUUUAAUGGGCUAUCUUUUAGAAGCAGAUGUUAAUUUGCUUUAUUGUUCUUUCAAUGUGUAAUUCUUCUUAAACAUAAGUAUAUGGGAUUGAGGAAAAUAAGGACGUCUUGGCAAUUAAAAUGUCAAGAAUGAUAAUGAAAAGACUUAAAUAUCCUCAAAUGAAUCAACACGCAAAGAAGAUUCAUUAAGGGUAUGUGAACAAUUUCAUAGGCAAUCCUGGGACAUCCUAAUUUUCUGAAGCUGGUUCACAUAUUUUUUUCACUCAUUUGAUGAGUAGAUCUCCAAGUCUUAGGUGAGUAUCCCCAAGCUCAGUCAUUUUCAGCAUUCAGCAACAUCUACAAUCAUACUGGGAUUUUUCUCAACCUGGCUACCACUUGAUGUUGAGACAUAUUGGAUUUAGAGGACACUGGGGACAAAAACUCAGGGGAAAAAUUUCCCAUCAUGUUGUUGUCUAACAUGGAUUCCAGAAUAAUAUCGCUUCCCCUUUCUUCCAAUGUAUUUGAUGAAUAUGGGAAUGGAAACAAAGGAAACAUUUCCCUUCUUUGUCUCCAACUCCUGCAUCUUAACUUUAAGCCUUGUUCCUAAAUUCAACACCAACUCCUCUGAAUGCUCACUUCCAUCGGCAGCACUGCAGCCAUGGUGACUGCCAAAUGGGAGGAUUGUUUUCAUGUAUGUCUUCCCCAAGAAAUGACCUCAAAGAUUGUGGGGUCAUCAUCUGAUCUCUGAACUUGCUUAGUGGCCAGACAUCCAUGAGAGUGAUGAUGGGUUUGCCCAUAAUAUCAUUAUCCUCUGCAAUUUGUAAAUUUAGUGUGAAUUAAAUGGUGUACAAGCACAAUAUCCAAGAAAAAUGAAACCCUAUACAUAAUGCCAAUUGUAGAAUAAUUGAACUGGGACACUAUUUUGUGGUCCUUGCAAAAUUCAGCUUUUCUCAAAUUCAAUUGCCCUGUUUGGUACAAACUAAUUUGUGGGUAGUAAACUUCCUUAAAGAUAUCUAACAAUUGGUAAAAGAUAACAUCAUUUGUGGGUCUAUAUUUCUUUGCUUCAUGUCACUAAAGCUUCAUACUGUCCAGAUAAGUUUGUGGUCUGUGUUUAUAUUUUGAUAAUUCAAAGUUCUGAGCAGACCUUUCUGUUGAAGACAUCUUAGUCAUGGAAUACAUAUAAAUGAAGUUUAUCUUUAUGAACUCAGAAUACAGAUUUAGAACCAAAGGCUCUUGAUAUAGCCACCAAGGAGCUUAUUGUAGUUGCAAGACCAGGAGAAGUUGACCAGAAACAACUAGUUCAUGCUAAACAGUCAACAAAAGCUCUUAUCUUGAUGAACUUGGAAUCCAGAGUAUUUAAAAGAAAUCUCUUCCUUUCUUAAUUGUUGAUUCAUAAAUUAAGGCAAGGGAUUCAUACUCUGUAGUGAGAUGUUGGUCUUGUUUGUUUACUUGAUACAUACCACAUGCAUGCUGCAGAUGGUUGCCUUAAAAGAUACUGGUAGACAAGUUUUGACAUAUGGUGAAAGGAAACCUGCGGAGCAUCUUCUGAAGUUGGCUGAAGUAAUUACACUGAAAGAUAUUUCUUCAAUAGCCCAAAAGCUUCUAUCAUCCCUGCUCACAAUGGCAUCAUAUGGAAAUGUUUAUUAUCUCCUACCCUACGAUAUAGUUAGCGACAAGUUCAAGUCAAAAAUGGGAUUGCUUUCUUAAAUCAAACUGGACAGUUAUUUGACCUAAUAGUGUGUUAAUAGUGUUCUGCGUCAGCAUUUCUUCACAGCAAGAAACGGGUGGAAAAUGAGGAGAAUGGACAUCAGCCUACUUGACAAUAAAUAGUUCCCAAGAGAACAGCAUGAGUUGUAGUAGUUUUCCCAUACGAUGCACUUCCAUGUUUUCAGGUGCACUCCAGGACUCGCUGUUUUGCUUGGAAAAAAAAAUAAGAACCUCAUUGCACUCCAAUUUUACCAAUUCUGGAUAAGAAAAUUGAGCCUCAAAUGAUCGUUCAUUUCAUCAACUACCCGUGUUACUUCGAUUUUUUCGUAUACAACUUCAGAUUGUUAAGAAAAUCUCUGCGAAGAUCGUGGGAGGGAGGUGCAAAGUUUAGGAUUUCGUAUGGGACUCUUCACCAAGCUGGCUGUUCUCUGUCUGUAAGAAAUGAAAAACAGGGGGAGCAAUUCCAGUUGAUCAGUCAACCGGCUGAAAGGUUUUUUUCCUUUUUUUUUUCUUUUUUAAGAAUUGGAUUCCACCAUCAAAAGUCAAUUUAAAAUUAAAUAAUUUUAUCGAUG